UCGCCAUCGCGAAAAAACAAAAUGCCGCUGCCAGAAAUUGUUUGACUCGCGUACAAUUCCGUAGUUUUUUCGUGAUUUCUCCGUAAAAAAGUGAAUAUUUCCAUUGAUUUCUGUGUUCUGCGUGUACCCGUUCCAGUGAGGCGUCGAUUGCCGGUUGAACAGUCAUGUCGCAACGCUUUCCUCCGGCAGGGCCGGGCAAUCAACCCCCGCCCGGAAUGCGUCCCUACGGCCCCGGCAACAACUUUCCGCCCCGCGGGUACACUCCGCCACCGCAGAUGGCCGGUGGACCGCCGCCGCCGAACCCGGGCGGUCCCGGCGUACCGAUGCACCAGCGGCCAAUGCAGCCGGGCGGAUUCCAGGGCGGACCGCCCGGGAACAUGCGCGGCUCGCCGAUGCCGAGCAACGCCCCCGGGGGGAACAAGCGUCCGGCGGACAACCGGAGCGGUCAGCAGCCGCCGAAGAGCGAGUAUCCAACCAAGAAGAAGAAGAAGCUCGCGGACAAGAUUCUGCCGCAAAAGGUGCGCGACCUGGUCCCGGAAUCGCAAGCCUACAUGGACUUGCUGGCGUUCGAGCGCAAGCUGGACGCGACCAUCAUGCGCAAGCGGCUGGACAUUCAGGAAGCGUUGAAGCGUCCGAUGAAGCAAAAGCGCAAGUUGCGGAUCUUCAUUUCGAACACGUUUUAUCCGAGCAAGGAAACGGGAGAGGCCGGUGGUGCCGAUCCGAGUGGCGAGAGUUCCGUCGCUUCGUGGGAACUCCGCGUCGAGGGACGCCUGCUGGAGGACAACAAGUCCGAUCCGAACAAGAUCAAGCGCAAGUUUUCCAGCUUCUUCAAGUCGCUGGUGAUUGAGCUGGACAAGGAGCUGUACGGACCGGACAACCAUCUGGUCGAGUGGCACCGGACUCAUUCCACCCAGGAGACGGACGGAUUCCAGGUGAAACGCCCCGGAGAUCGCAACGUGCGCUGCACAAUUCUCCUUCUGCUCGACUAUCAACCGCUCCAGUUCAAGCUGGACCCGCGUCUGGCCCGUCUGCUCGGUGUCCACACCCAGACCCGUCCGGUCAUCAUCUCCGCCCUGUGGCAGUACAUCAAAACGCACAAACUCCAGGAUUCCCACGAGCGCGAGUACAUCACCUGCGACAAGUAUCUCGAGCAGAUCUUCGGCUGCCAGCGCAUGAAAUUCGCCGAAAUCCCCCAGCGUCUCAACCCGCUGCUUCACCCCCCGGACCCAAUCGUCAUCAACCACGUCAUCACGGUCGAGGGUGGCCUCGAGAGCAAGCAGACCGCUUGCUACGACAUCGACGUCGAAGUGGACGACACCUUGAAGAACCAGAUGAACAACUUCCUCCUGAGCACCGCCUCCCAGCAGGAAAUCCAAACCCUCGACAGCAAAAUCCACGACACCGUCGAAACCAUCAACCAACUCAAAACCAACCGCGAGUUCUUCCUCAGCUUCGCCAAGGAUCCGCAAACGUUCAUCCACAAGUGGAUCGUGUCGCAGACGCGCGACCUCAAGACGAUGACCGACAUCGUCGGCAAUCCGGAGGAGGAGCGGCGGGCCGAGUUCUACUACCAGCCGUGGACGCAGGAGGCCGUCUCGCGGUACUUCUUCACCAAGGUCAACCAGAAGCGGGCCGAGCUGGAGCAGGCGCUGGGGAUUAGGAACUCGUAAAAAAAAUUAACAGACGAGAGUGCGAAAUAACUUUCCAACAUUUUUUAAAAGUAAGACAAGUAUAAUAAUCGAAUCUUGAUAAAUAUUAUUGUGGGCAACAACAUAAAAAAGGUAUUUGAUCAAUAAAGUCUUCAACUUUGUGGCGGAAGCCGCGGUUGGACAACAAACAAUG